CACAUUUCCACGAGUGAAGCAGAUAGUUGAACGACAAUGACAACGCUGGAAGAAGCCAAGGCCUUUUUGAAGAAGGAGUCACCUGACGGGACGAACCUUUAUGAUCAUUUGGGAGACGUGUUACUGAAGAUCAUCGUUGAACGUCCAGAAAACCUUCACGAGAUGUUCGAGAACAUCUCGACGUCAGUCAAGCAACAACGCUACUUAGCCCCACCUCUACCACCGACUGACGGAGACUCGCAACUGUCAAGUUAUAAGAAACAAGCACAAACACACCAAGAAAACUGGUGCAAUGUGGCUUUGGAGCUUCUGAAACUUAAGUCACAAGACGACGCUCCAUCCGAGGCUGCUACCGGUGUAGCGGAUUUAUUGGAUGAAGCGAAUAUGUUCGAGUGGGCUGGCCUGGGGUUCUCCAAGGGAGAGACCUUUCGACUGUCGCUGGCUCUUCAGCGCUUAGCGCAAUCUAACAACACUGUAAAUAUGCGCUUCUGGGGCAAGAUUCUAGGUCGUGGAGCAGACUAUUACGUCGCUGAAGGGGAGCUGUCUACUGCAUAUGAACCCGAAGAUUUAGACGCCGAGGAAAGUGCCACCGGAGCCAACAAACUCACGUAUUGGGCCAUGAAAGACAACGGAAUGUACCAGUGGGUCCAGUUGCCUCCAGUUGGACGUGAUCAGAUCUUAGCAGCGCGACAACUUCGUCGGUAUGUUCGAGGAGACUUGGAGGCGCCAGUUCUAGGCCACCCACCGUUUCCAGGUGUGGAGAAGAAUUACUUACGAGCUCAGAUCGCUCGUAUCUCGUCUGGAACGGUAUUGUGUCCUGCUGGGUACUUUGAAGUGAACGAGGAAGGAGACAUUACGCCGGUUGAAGAACCAGAGAUCAAAGCGACAGCUGAUCUACUGGACUUAGGUAGUUGGACGCACUACACGAAAGAGAUUAACGCUCGUUACGGUCGUAUGACGCCCAUGCCACCGCUAACGAACGCUGACGGGGAGGAGGAGCCACGUGAAGGUGGGGAGUUCGUACCGCCAUUACGAGCGUUGAGUGAGGACAAGCCAAUGUCGUGGCGAGUUGACCGACUGCCAGGGACGUUGCAGCCUUCGGUAGGCGAGGUGGCGGUUGUACGGAGUCUCGUGUGGCCCGGAGCUGUGAGCAUCGCAGUGGGCAAGAAGUUCCUGAACGCUUACGUGGGUCACGGAGUCAAGUAUCUCUCGGAACCAUUCCAGUUGGCUCCCCCGCAGCGACUGCAGACUGGCAGUUGUGUGGGCUUGAGUGAGGAGAACGCGGAAGAGGGAAAGUCUACACUGCGUUGUGAGAUCCCAGUCGAGCAGCCUGAUCUACUCGAAGAUCCAUCACCAGUAGCAGAAGAAGAAGAGGAAUGA